AAACAGCUCGUCGGGCCGGCGCGUGCUAGGAAGGCGGGGCCUGUGGCCUGUGGGGCGGAGCCUCGGUGGAGGUCGGCGCAGCUGCCCCUUUGGGCUCUGGCUCUGGACUGGAGCGCAGCAUCCUCCCUGCAGCCGUCACGGCUGUUGCCGUAAGCGAUCCUCCUGCCUCAGCCUCCUGAGUAGCUGGGACUCGGGACCAGCCUCCCGAGUACUGGUCAGGUGACAUUUACCAUCACCGUUUUCUUCUUUCAUCAUCAUCACCAUUGCCACUACCACCACCUCCAAGGCCACUACCAUCACAGCAUCUCUGUUCCUCCAUCAGAGCUCUUCAAGCUCUGUAAAGGCAGAUUCUCUAAAGGCAUACAUAAAAUUGGUGGAGCUGUUCCCAGAGGAAGAGGAAUGGGGGCAGACUGGAACUUGAUAUGAUGAUGGCCUGGUGGCAUCACGUUUUUCACAUCUCCGCAUCUGGACCCUGCCCAGGCGAAGGCUGAUCUAGGGAAUACAAAGAUGGUGACAAUGACAGUCUUCCCUCUAGAGAGCCUUUGAUCAAAGAGGAACAAUACAUUGCAAAAGGCCAGGAGGGAGUGAUUAAAGGCACCUCCUCAGAGGGUACAUGUUAAGUGCAAAUAAUGUUUGGAUCAAAGCAGACGGAAAAGCCUUGGAAGUGCUGGAGUGGAGAGGCAGUCUCAUUGCUGGAGAUGACUGUCAGCUGCUUUCACUGCAGAGCCACCAUCACAUGCCUCACCACUGGAGCCUGGGAAGCCUGACCACAAACUGGCAUCUCCAAGGCAUGAAUAAUUAGGUAGGCAUAAUGGAAGGUACUCAUUGCACCCUCCAAUUGCAUAAGCCCAUUACGGAACUCUGCUACAUCAGCUUCUAUCUUCCAAAGGGGGAAGUCAGAGGAUUUUCAUACAAGGGCGCUGUAACUCUAGACAGAUCCAAGAAAGGUUUUCAUAACUGCUACCAAGUCAGGGAGGAGUCAGACAUCAUCAGCCUCAGCCAGGAGCCGGAUGAACAUCCCGGCGACAUAUUUUUCAAGCAGACUCCCACGAAAGACAUUCUGACUGAGCUGUACAAACUCACCACAGAGAGGGAGAGACUGCUAACCAAUCUCCUGAGCUCAGACCACAUCCUCGGGAUCACGAUGGGGAACCAGGAGGGGAAGCUGCAAGAGCUGUCGGUGAGCCUGGCCCCCGAGGAUGACUGUUUCCAGAGUGCUGGUGACUGGCAGGGAGAGCUCCCCGUGGGCCCUCCCAACAAGAGGAGCACCCACGGGAACAAAAAGCCUCGGAGGUCUGGUGGAAGGAGAGAGAGCGCUGGGGCUCUCCCACAGAAGAGGACAAAAAGAAAAGGGCGUGGAGGCCGAGAAUCAGCUCCUCUGAUGGGCAAGGACCAGAUCUGUUCCAGCCACUCCCUUCCUCUUUCUAGAACAAGGCCUAAUCUUUGGGUACUAGAGGAGAGAGGAAAUCUGCUCCCGAAUGGAGCACUUGCCUCAUCCCUGCAGAGGAGAGAGAGCUGCCCCCCAGAUAUUCCCAAGACGCCAGACACAGACCUUAGCCUUGGGAGCUUUGAGACGGCUUUCAAGGACACUGGGCUCGGAAGAGAAGUGCUGCCCCCAGACUGCAGCUCCCCAGAGGCAGGAGGGGAUGGAGCUCGGAGGCCGCCGAGCGGGCUGGAGCAUCAGCAAGCAGGUUUGUCUGAAAGUCACCAGGACCCUGAGAAGCGUCCAGAGGCAGAAAAGGAUGAGAUGGAGAAGCCGGCUAAGCAGACUUGCAAGCAGAUACCUGUCUCCAAAGUGGUGGCCAAAGUUCAGGACCUGUCCUCCCAGGUACAAAGAGUAGUUAAAGCGCAUUCUAAGGGUAAGGCGAGGAUUGCCAUUUGCCCAGCAGCCCACGCUGAGUUUGUACCCAAAGCUGACUUGCUCACCCUCCCGGGAGCUGAGGUCGGGGCUCAUGGUUCCAGGCGGCGGGGCAAGGAGCGGCAAGGGGAUGGGUCCUCGCAGUCGCCAGCCAGGGAAACAGCCUCCAGUUCUAGUGCGUCGGCCUGUGCCCAGGGGGCUGUGAACAAGGUCCUCCUGAAGGUGAUAGAGAGCGAGAAGUUAGAUGAAGCCCCUGAGGGGAAAAGACUGGGCUUCCCUGUCCACAGGAGCGCCCCUCACGCUCGCCCAGAAACCAGAAACAAGAGGAGAGCCGGGUUGCCCCUCAGUGGCCACAAGUCCUUGUUUCUGGAUCUGCCCCACAAAGUAGGUCCUGACUCCUCCCAACCCAGAGGGGAUAAGAAGAAGCCAUGCCCCCCAGCACCGGCAGCUCUCGGCAAGGUGUUUAAUAAUUUAGCCUCGCAGUCCAGCACACACAAACGGACGUCACCUGUUCCCUCGCCUCUGUCUCCAAGGCUCCCCAGCCCUCAGCAGCAUCACAGGAUCCUCCGGCUCCCUGCACUGCCUGGUGAGAGGGAAGCUGCUCUUAAUGACUCUCCUGGUAGAAAGAGCCGUGUCUUCUCUGCUGACACCUUGGAGCCACCAUCCUCUACAAAGGUCACGGAGACCAAAGGAGCCAGCCCGGCCUUCCUCAGAGCAGGCCAACCUCGGUUGGUGCCUGGGGAACCUUUGGAAAAGAGCUUGGGGCCAGGGAAGACCACAGCUGAGCCUCAGCACCAGUCACCUCCAGGUAUCUCCUCUGAGGGCUUUCCCUGGGACGGCUUCAAUGAGCAGACACCUAAAGACCUUCCCAACAGAGAUGGAGGCGCGUGGGUUCUGGGCUACAGAGCAGGACCAGCCUGUCCAUUUUUGCUUCAUGAGGAAAGGGAGAAGUCAAACAGAAGUGAAUUGUACUUGGAUCUCCAUGCUGACCAUAGCCCGACUGAGCAGGAUGACAGGACUCCUGGCAGACUUCAAGCUGUCUGGCCACCCCCAAAAACAAAAGACACAGAAGAAAAAGUGGGACUGAAGUACACUGAAGCAGAAUACCAAGCUGCUAUUUUACACUUGAAGAGGGAACACAAAGAAGAAAUUGAAAACCUGCAGGCCCAGUUUGAACUUCGGGCAUUUCAUAUCCGGGGUGAGCAUGCAGUGGUAACAGCGAGACUAGAAGAAACCAUAGAAAAUCUGAAACACGAGCUAGAACACAGAUGGCGAGGGGGUUGUGAAGAGAGGAGAGAUGUGUGCAUUUCCACCAAUGAUGACUGCCCUCCAAAGACCUUCAGAAAUGUGUGCAUCCAGACAGACAGACAGACCUUCCUCAAGCCCUGCGAAGGCGAAAGCAAGACAACCAGAAGUAAUCAAUUAGUACCCAAAAAGCUGAAUAUCUCCUCUUUAAGCCAGCUCUCCCCGCCAAAUGACCACAAAGACAUCCAUGCAGCACUCCAGCCAAUGGAAGGCACGGCAUCAAAUCAGCAGAAGGCAUUGCCUCUGCCUACCGCACCGCCCUUGCCAGCAUCCAUCCCUCCCCCUCCACCCCUCCCCCUGGGACUUGACUCUUUGUCUCCAGCACCUCCAGUGCCACCUGUGAGUGCUGGGCCACCGCCACCACCUCCUCCGCCUCCUCCACCGCCACCUCUACCUCUAUCUUCAAGUGCUGGACCUCCACCACCCCCACCCCCACCGCCACCCCCACCCCCACUUCCUAACUCCCCUGCCCCACCCAACCCUGGAGGGCCUCCUCCUGCUCCACCACCCCCAGGACUUGCACCCCCACCUCCCCCUGGACUCUUCUUUGGACUUGGCUCUUCUUCCAGUCAAUGUCCUCGAAAACCAGCCAUUGAACCCAGUUGUCCCAUGAAACCUUUAUACUGGACUAGGAUACAAAUAAGUGAUAAGAGCCAAAAUGCUACACCAACCUUAUGGGACUCCUUAGAAGAACCUGACAUUCGGGACCCUGGUGAAUUUGAGUAUUUAUUCUCCAAAGAUACAACUCAACAAAAGAAAAAACCUCUGUCAGAGACUUUUGAGAAAAAAAGCAAGGUCAAAAAGAUCAUCAAAUUAUUGGAUGGAAAACGAUCUCAAACUGUGGGAAUCUUGAUAUCUAGUUUACAUUUAGAAAUGAAGGAUAUCCAACAGGCCAUUUUCAAUGUGGAUGACUCCGUGGUUGAUCUGGAGACCCUGGCAGCCUUAUAUGAAAACAGAGCCCAAGAGGAUGAGCUGGUUAAAAUAAGAAAGUAUUAUGAGACAUCCAAAGAAGAAGAGCUGAAGCUGCUGGAUAAACCUGAGCAAUUUUUACAUGAGUUAGCCCAGAUUCCUAAUUUUGCUGAGCGUGCCCAGUGCAUAAUCUUCAGAUCUGUCUUUUCUGAGGGUAUCACCUCCUUGCACAGAAAGGUAGAGAUCCUCACACGAGCUUCUAAGGGCUUGCUGCACAUGAAGAGUGUGAAGGAUAUUUUAGCUCUCAUUCUGGCUUUUGGAAAUUAUAUGAACGGAGGAAAUAGGACUCGGGGACAAGCCGAUGGAUAUAGCUUAGAAAUUCUGCCCAAACUCAAGGAUGUCAAAAGUCGGGAUAACGGGAUUAAUCUGGUGGACUAUGUUGUUAAGUAUUACCUGCGUUACUAUGAUCAGGAAGCUGGAACAGAAAAGAGUGUCUUCCCCCUGCCGGAACCACAGGAUUUCUUUCUGGCCUCCCAAGUCAAGUUUGAAGACCUCAUAAAAGAUUUGAGAAAACUGAAGAGGCAACUAGAAGCAAGUGAGAAACAGAUGGUGGUGGUGUGCAAGGAGUCCCCAAAGGAGUAUCUCCAGCCUUUCAAGGACAAACUAGAGGAGUUCUUCCAAAAAGCCAGAAAAGAGCAUAAGAUGGAAGAAAGUCACUUAGAGAAUGCACAGAAAAGUUUUGAAACAACAGUAGGAUAUUUUGGGAUGAAGCCAAAGUCUGGUGAGAAGGAGAUCACACCCAGCUACGUGUUUAUGGUGUGGUACGAGUUCUGCAGUGACUUCAAGACAAUUUGGAAACGGGAGAGUAAAAACAUAUCUAAAGAAAGAUUGAAAAUGGCUCAGGAAUCAGUCAGCAAGUUGACUUCAGAGAAGAAAGUGGAGACAAAGAAAAUCAAUCCCACUGCUAGCCUGAAAGAAAGACUGCGUCAGAAGGAAGCCAGUGUGACCACCAACUAAGAGGAAGACGCAUGGAAAUGAUGGCGCUGGAGAUGGAGGACUGACCUUGCACGCAUACUCUUUGUGACCACAGGGUUGCAGGACGUUCUUGAAAGAUGUGUCACUAAAUGUUUGUUUUGCUCAUCUCUUUCUGAGGUCAUCUGCAGAGAGUGCCCCAUGCCUUCUUUAAGAAGUCUCACAUUCAGCCACAGGAACAAUGGAAAACUAUUUAAGGGAACAUUGCAGAAAUAUUUGAUGACUGUUUCCUGUCGAAGCCCAAAGUCCACUCUGUUGUAAGACCAGAAGAAAUACCACAGUUUUCCCAAAAUUUUUUAAGAGCUGAGAUUUCCAGCUUUAUAACCAAAGCUUGAUAUAGGUCACAUUGUCACAGAGGAGAGAAAGGAGCAUUGAGGACAGUUGCCUUGGGAGAGUUCAAAGUCUUUGUCGUUACACGCUGCUGUUUUGAUUAUUGGUCUUAGUUUUGAUCCUGUUGCAGCAAAAUCCUGCAGCAUCUUUCUCUCCAAUGUUGCAACUCACCAAAACUAUUUUUGAAGAGGUCCAAGAACACGUAUUUUCCAGACUAGAAAAACGAUUUUUUGUUGUUAUGGUUUACGUAAUGAAAAAGAGAAAAAACAGAAUCGUACCUGGGUGGAGAGAGGGAGACAUAUAGCCAUAAACUUCAUCCUGGAGAACAAGUUACCAUGCAAGGAGUCGACGUCAGUUAUUAAGUGAGGCCCAUUCUUGUUUUUACAUCAGUCCUUAGUGGUUUUCUGGGCCAGCAGAAAUUCUGCAUCCCAGCUCCCUGGAGAAACUGUAAUACCUGAGCAAGCAUAGCCUUGGGGUCAGAGAACCUGCUUGGACAAGAGACCCAGCGGCAGAGCACCUUUCGCAUUUUGGACCGUUCAUGAAUGGGCGAUGUGUUGACAUGCAGCUGAGUUCUACGUCAUGUCCUGUGACUUUACAGCUGCACCCCCCGCCCGACCGUCCCCAGGAGGCAGUUUCCAGACAGGAGAGCAAAUGCAACUCACAGCCCCCGCUCAUGACCUUGGCUGAUAGGCAUGUGAAGUAGGGUGAAGCAGGACUCUUUCAUGUCAAAAAAAAAAAAAGGGCAGAAAAAAGAUUCCUUACAUCAAAAUGAAAAGGAGGUAAUUACAUUAAUAGAAAUCUUCAGGUGGAAUGUUAUUCAUAGGCAGCUUUUUCUGACCCUGGCUCUUGAGUCACAUAAGGAAACCACCUUGGACCUCUCUGAUACUUUUGUCCUUAAUCCACCUCUGAAUUUAUCUUGUGACGGGUGAAGAAAGAGGUGAGGGGUGAAGAAAGAGGACUGGAGAUGAAUUGAGAAUAUGUUCAAAGACUCAUUUUAGGCCUUGAAGAAAGAGAGGCUGAGCUUUCUCCUCCAGUUGGUGGAGGACAGUCCAGAGAUGGGCAGGAAUCUUAAAUUUCUUCCCAAUCCAGCCAUCACAUGUGGCGUGCCCCUUGCCCCAGCAUCUUUCCAGAACCCUUGGACUUGCCAGGUGCCUGAGCAUCUUCCCAGGAUAUGCCUGCCAGCCAGCAGCCCCUCAGGAAUGCUUCUAUAACAGAUCCAGUAAUGAAAACAGCACCAUAUCCUAAUCUAAUGUCAGCUUCGGGAAUGAAGACUGUGGUCAGGAUCAAAUCAAGUCACAGAAGCCAUAUUCAUGCAGGUGCUAACCGCCUCUUCUACUGGUGCAACUGAAAGGAAUAUGGUAACACGUUGGAUUUUUAAAAUUCACAAUGAAGGAAUGAGAGAAGCAAAAUAGAAAAGCCGAGAAGGAACAUGCAUGACUAAAAAGGCUUGAAGUUGCUUGUGAGCAAGAAGCUUUUUAUGCUGCUUUCUUAGUUUCUCUUCGUUUUCACUUAACUCUGAAGACAACCAAAAGAACUGAUCAAUUAAAAACGAAUUCCACUUACAGCCAUCCUAUGCUCCUUCUAGUGUUACCAUGCACAGGAAAAGUGCCAGUUUUACCCAUGCCAUAGAAAUCAGCUCUGAGUUCUGUGGGGCCAGCAGAUGUCUAAAUCCUUAUAGGCUUGAUGGUGAGAGCAACAGGAGGUUUUCAGUGGAGUCACUGCUGUCCACUUUGGUCUCUAAAUAGGAUGCUCAUGAGAAAUCAGUGAAGGUAAGCAGGGCUGCCACUGUGGCCACGUCACCCUGCCAGGAACCAGUGCUGAAGAAUAAUGAGUGAGAAUGCUUAAUUUGAGAGUUAGACAAAUGCAGCCCACUUUGGAUUUCAUCCUAGUGAACAGACUAAAACUGCAGUAAAAUACCUAUUUCUACAAAGCAAGGUUUGCCUGCCUUGGUUGGGGAAACCUAGUGGUUUUGUCACGCUGGUCAAUGUAUUAUGUUGGUGUUUUAAGACACCAUGGCAGAACCUUCAUUAUUCUCACCUGUUCUGAACCCUGCGUCAUAUAUCUGGGAUGCCCCCUCCCAAGUCCACCAAUGUACCACAUUGCUGACACGGCCUUCAUUUUUAACUCAAAUUGAUGCUCAGUAAAGGUCAAUGACAGUUUGUUCAAGGAAGUUCAUCUAGAAUAAUCUGGAGGCCUUGAAAAUGAUCUCUCUAAAAUGCUGUCGAGCUUGUAUUUAGGGCGGCAGGAGAGUCUGAACUUUCUGGAGAGGAGGUGAUCGGGAUGCCAUUCGGCAGCUUGAGCACAUCCAGCCAGCAGGCUUUAAGUGGCUGUUCUAGGCAUAGCCCUCCCUGAACUAGAAAGGAGAGUAACCAGUGUUGCUAGCUGUGUCUAACCAGACACUCACACCUGACUUACUAGUAACUCUAAGAACCCUUAACUUACAAACAACUUUGUCUCCUCAUAGACAAAAUUUAUUAAAUCUGAGGACACAGUUUGACAAUAGUUCAGAUUCUUGCAUGAGCAAUCGACAAGCAUCAGAGCACGCAAAAUAUCAUAAGUUACAUAAAUUGCACAAAGUAUAUCAUAAAUCACACUAUAGAUAUGUUAGGUAAAAAGCAUCAGGCCCAUGAAGUAUCAAAAACCAGGUUAGGAGGUGUGCUGUAUGGCUUUCACUUCAAGAAGUGGCAGCUUAUUGGGGAAAAAGAAGUAAGAAAAAGUGUGGCCAAGCAGAAGUGAAUGUUUAUGAUGACAGUGGGGGGCCCAGAGGUCAUAGGUGAUGGCCCUACUGCCCAACAGUUGCCUUUUGAAUCCUAUGUUGAUGAUGGUGUCUUCCUGCACACUCACUGCGACUUACUCAGGAAUUAUGGAGAAAGAUUAUCUGAAAUCUGAGAAGUGGAAUAAGGAAACCCAGUGGUGCUAUUACACCUUUAAAUGUUCUAGCCAAAACAAAUUGCCAGUAUGGUUGAGGAAUGGAAUAUCAGAUGGCAUAUGCGGUCUCCCCUCCUCUCCCCUAUCAAGGACAGUAGAAGCUGCAAACCUCUUCUCAGCCUCCUUCAGGCACCUCCUGUUUUCAUAAGCACCAUAAAGAAUGGUGUUUCUUAAGUGAAAAGUUCAGAUACUGCUGGUGAAGAAACUGGAAAAAACUGAAGGAAGGAAUAAAACAUGGUAGUAUUAACACCUCCAGUAAGAUAAGUCAUUGGUAUGGUUUUUCUAAGGGACACAGUGAGAGGUAGCAGAAGAAAUACGUGUAUUUUGGGUGAAGGUUUGCCUGUUGGCCUGGGAUUGCACAUUCUCUUUACAUUAUGCUGUCUGCAACAGAGAAAUUUUCAUUUGAAUGAUAUUCUUCCUUUCUUGAAAGUUAUAUGUCCUCAUUUCUAUUUCUGCUUCUCCCUUGGCCAGUAUCAUUGAUGCAGAUCAUUGCAUGCAACAGCACAGCAAACUGCACCAAGUCAGUGUGUGAAGGGGACUUUGCAAUGCACGCUUGCAGGCUCUUUUUCCGGGAACCAGGCUGUAACAUUGACGGGGGAACCUCUUUGCUCCCUGACAUACAAAAUUGGUCGAUUUUAUAGUACUCACCUCCACCCAUAAAAACAACAAAGAUAAAAUCAAUUUGAAGCUUGAUAUGAUGAGAAGGAAGAAGUCCAAAAAUAUAUAGCUUCCCCCCCAUAUCUAAUCCAAAUAUUAAAUAUCUGAUUUUAUAAAGUAGUUUAAAUUGUCUUUUUAAAUUGCUAACAAGAAGCAUCAGUUAUAUUUGAGCUUCAUUUUUCUUUUAUCCUGUCUGUUCUAAUAAAAGUGGCCAAAAGGUGGCGAGGAAAGAAAAAGCUUCCACUUUUCAAAAAUUUUUUUGUAUUAGUUAUUUUAUCUUUAGGUACCCUGCAACUGAAGAGAGUGGAGAGAAUAAAGACAUGAACUUUCAUUCAUGUCUGCUACUUUGUCUUCAUAAAGAAAUCUGCAACACAGAUGAAACCAGUCUGUGUGGCCAAGCUGAUAGGAUUUGAAAAGAGUGGAUAAUUUUUAGCCUUUCCAGAAUGCAAAUAAUUUGUUGCAUAUAUUUCCAUUUUCCAGCUAUAGAGAGAAACAAUCUAGCUGCCUGGAAACUGUUAUUAGUACAGAAGUGGCUUAAAGAAAACACCUUCGAAUAGUCCACUCAGCAGAUCUGUCUUCUUUAGACUUACAUAAUGAUACUCAUAUCUCCAUUAGCGAUUGCAUCCAGGCAUAACCAGGCUCAGUUACACAGCUUGUAUGUGACCGGGAAGCCCAUUUUGUGUCAUUUCUGCACACCUGUCCUCUGUUGACACCUUAUUAGAGACACUGCAUUUUGGUUUCACAAUUCUUCAUCUCCCUUCCCAAGGAAGGGCACUCUACCAAACUCUUCCAGAUCAGUGCUUUGUUGGGAAGUGAUGAGUUUUAACAUGUCCAAUUUGAAGCCUUGUCCAAUUCUGUAUCCUUAUUUGUUCCGAGACUCUUAACCAAUACUGUGAUAUAAAGUUUGCAUUUGGGAGACUUGUGUAGUUAACAACUUACUUGGAAAUAAGAAGAUACUAAAAUGGCGGCUAGCUAACUCUGUCUCUUAAGCUACUGUGCAAUUUCUACCAAUGGAGAGAUGAGGGAAGCAAAUUAAGCUUCAUUCAGUAGGUCUGCUGUCUGGUAGAACUUACGGAACUCAUUUCCUCCUCUAUCCCCAGCCCUUCUCCUCACUACUCUGGUGAUAACCAGGGGCAUAGACCUUUUCUCUCUUACCCUUCUCUUCUCUGAUAGGUUGGUUUCCUUCAGUCAACAGCUCACGUGAACUCCAGACUUUAUUCUGUAUUACACCUCUGAAGUUCUUGAUCUGGGGAAGAGUGACUUUUACUCCAUUUUUAUAUGAAGGUAGUAGAUAUAGCCAUCAAUUUAUUUUUCUACAUUCCCUCUAACCUUAUGUAACUAUCUAUUUUUAAAUCUUCUCUUAAAUAUACUGAGAAUCUCUAGUCUGUCUCCUUUUCUAAAGGCUGAUCCAACUACACUUGUGGGCCAUUUUUCCAAGCUUUGCAUGAAACUUGAUAACAUUGGACCAGCAAAAUGCUAAAGAGACUAUAGUUUCAGGCAGCAAAUCACAUCCAAAGAAUUUGGCGUGAAUUAACCUCUGCCACACUAUAGCUAUCACAUAGGCUGAACAUUUUCCUAAAUUCUACCUGUGCAGACACUGAGGGGCUCUCUACCUUUGAAACUAUGAGAAUGUCUUAAAUGAAUAUGAAUAUUUCUCUCCAUCUACAUAGUAUGAGCUGCCAAUGCAUUAUCUUAUACUUAGUACAUCAAGAAGGAAAUCAGAUGUUUUCAGGCACACGUUAGCAAUGGUUUGUUAACGUCCUUGGCAAGUAGUUUAAAUUGUGUACUUUCCUUCAUUGUUCUCUUCAGGGACUUUCUUCCACUUUCCUGUCAUGAAACUGCUGUAUUUUUGAUGGUUCAACUGGGUUCGCUUUCCAGAUCUGUCUUCCUAAAAUGAAAGGUUAGUCCCGUAGACCACUGGCUAUUCAGGGAAUGACUCUACCUCCCCAUGACAAGGAUGAUAAGUGUUCAGGGAUGAACCUGGAAACUCAGCAUGGAGUUUGAAUUCCAGAUUUCUUUAUAGGAGAUGUAUAAAAAGGAGUUUAUAGCAUACAAAAAUUAUACUGCUCUUCCCAAUAAGGGACUAAAAGGACGUUUGAAAUCUUUAUACUUUAGAUGUUUUUGUGAGUUACAAAUAUCUCCUCCUUUUUCCUCUCUUCAUGCUAACUUGUCUGUAGGUAAAAUCUUAUUUCUUCAUACAUCGGGCCACAAGGCAUAAGGAAGGUAACUCAGCCCCACCGAGAUUGUGUUCUGCAUAAUCUGAAAGGCUUCCAUUUCUAUUGAAAAAUCCAUGAGCGAGAGGGAAAGCGUAGUAACAAUUCUCCUGUUUGCUCACAAUGACACAAAUAGGUUUUGGGGAUCUACCUAAGGGAUAGGUCUACAACAAAACUACUAAUUUUAUAAUUCUGCAAUUCUAUAAUUUCCCGAGGCAUAAGUAAUAUGACCCUACUGUCAGCUAGAUGGCUAAUCUUCAAAGAGUGUAUGUAUUAAUAAAAAGGAUUUCCCUUUAAAGAACUAAUCUAAAAUACUUCUAAAAAGGCAGAAACUUUUAAAAUUAGAAAUUGGAUAAUUUUUAAUCUUUAAGAAUCUUUAGAGAAAAUGUUGAUUUAUCAUAGUCUUUUUCUUUCAUUGAGUUUUCAUUUAGACUAGCAUGGUAAGCAGGGUGGCCUUGGACUUCGAUUUAGGGGAUUGCGCUUUGGCCUGGAAAAUAAGCACUGGCCUGCAUGCCUAGAACCUAAGUGACGGCAGUCAGCAUCCUAGUGUGUAUCAGACCUAGCAGAAAUGUAAAUUAUUUCAAGUACUUUAGUUUUCUUAGUGAUACCCUGGACCCUGGAUGCAGCUUUCUAAAGUGUGUCUGAUCCAUGCAGUUAUAUGUCUUCAUAGAGCUGGGGCCUUGUGAGGUUGCAAGCAAUGGGAAGAGCAAGAAAAAAAGGAUGCAUGGAGGGGAAAAAAUUUGAACGAAGCUAAUGCAAUGUUUUGCUGAUAGAUUACGUUGUUAGGGAGCUGGUGAUUUUUUGCCAUGGUUGUAUCCUGGACAGCUUUUUGUGGAAGUUCAAGACAUCUGUAUUAGGCAAAUGUGAGUGCCCAUGAUCUUGUAUUGAUCAGUGCCAGACAAUGUACUGGGAAAGCAGGUACCCCAGUGAAGCUGGUCUGUACUUGGUUUAACAGCUCCAACAAUUUCAGAUCCAUGGGGCUGCUUGUCCGUAGACCCUGUUUACUCCAUGCCUGUUCAAAAGUCAUUAUGACUUCUAGCUUUGUUUCACUUUCUCCUUUCAAUACUUCUGUUCCAGCUUCCUUUUCCUUCGUAUUCCAUGGCUAUUUUUUUUCUUUCUUUACAGUUUCUCCCAGACCCAGAUUUUUUCACCUCUCUGCAUCAUAGACAACUGAAUAUCUCCCUUGGCCCCUCCUCCCUCCCCUCACACCCUGUGCUCCAUCCAUUCCUCAGCCGUUUGGACAGGGAGCCCCGCUGUCACCAAGGAGCCCAUGUGAGACACACUGCUGUGACUGCCUCUUGUUAAUGUCAGCAUCACCUCAUCACUUAAGCAAAAAGGAAAAUCCAUAAAAGAGAUGGAAAAUACGUCUCUUUUUAUUUUACUUUAUUUUAAGAAGGUUGGGCAGGGUGGCGGGGGGGUGUUAUUCUAGGCCUUCUCAAGUUUUCAUAGAUUUUACUUUAAUUAAGGCCAUUCUCUUGAUAAAUUUGUACAUCAGAGCAGGUCACCAGCUAUGAUGCAGAAGGCCAGAUUUUUGAAUCUCAAGCAACUCUGCUGCUGGGCAAAUUGACUUAAUUCUGUGCAGGCAAAAACACUUUGAAUCAUAAGGCUUUUUAUUGCCACUCCAUUCUUACUACUACUCAUGAUUCAAACAUCUACCCCUAUUCUGAAUCAGGAUGCUGACACUUUUGGGUUAUUUUCAGAUGAACAGUAACUGCUACACUCUUGAAAGCACUUAAAGUGUAAGCGUGUCCUAAAUAGCCAUUUAACCUGGUAAAACAUUGGCUUUUCUGUUUAGUUAAGUAUUAGACCAAUCUGUAGAUACAAUCUGAAAGGAUUUUAGGCAGUCAUGAAGACAAUUGGGGAGAGGGGAAGGCCCUUUAAAAGACAUGAAACCUUACGUGCUCUUGGAUAUUUGUAAGCAUAAUAAGCUCAUUGGAUUCAGGUAUUUUCCCUUUGCGUUUUUAAAAAUAUGUAUUUCUGAUUUGUUUGCAUAUUUAAUUUUGUCAAAGCUGAGAAAUGCUCAUGAGUUGAAUUUAUAAAUGUCAUUUGCAACCAAAUGAAGUAUUUAUUUUUAAAAAGAAAAGGUGAAGGAACCAAUACUGAUUUGUACAUAAUAAAAAUAUGUGUGCGUAUUAUAUAUAUAUAUAUAUUUUUUCCUCCUUGACAGUACUUGGUCACCAUAUCAAGUGUAUUUUUGUAUAUAAUAUAUAUUGAUUAGAAAAAUGUCAAUUGUCUAGUCAAAAAAUUCUCUGUGAUCGAUUAUAUUUAUCCUAAUCUGUUGAUACCGCUGUUAAUUUGUUUUAAGAGAUAGAAUUAUAUUUUUUGGAAUUUACAGAGAAUUGCAUUCAUGACUUUCAAUUGUAAAUAUGCUAAGGGUAUUUUAAUAAAUCUUGGUUUCAUGUCCA